AGUGAUGAUUGCAGGAUGAUCUUAUUGUCAGUGUACUAGAAACAACAAAGAAAACAAACAAAGGAGAUGAGCAUGUCUUGUACAUUCCCCCCCUUUAAUAUUAUAGAAAGCUCAUGAUGAAUUUCGGAUCAGAAUCUCUGUUCAGUUAGAAAGAGAGGGGGAAGGCCACUAGAUGGUGGUAAAAACCCAAGCCUUUGCUAUGAGAUCUGUGAAAAGAGAAGUCCAGGGGGGCAAAGAAGGGGAGGAGGAGCCACAGUUUGAGUACUGAAGUCAUUAUUGCUUGGAGUCUAUAAAAAGCCAGUUGCACAGUAAGUAAUUUAUUCGUGGUCAGCUUUGACUCUAUGGAUUUACUAAUUCUUUUCCCUCUAUUUUUUUUCAUCUUUUGCCACCAAGGAGGCCCCAGCCCCAGAUGUCAGGGGGGCUGAAACUUCAUCUCUCUGGAGGAAACCUUGCAGAUGAGGAAAAGCGGCUGAAGGAGCAGCUCUGGUAAAUAGGCAGGAUCUUCUGCCUUUUGGAAAAUGCAUUUACCACACUCCUUGGCAAGCCCUUCAGAAGGAACAGAACGUGUUGGCUCCCAGAGAUGAACACAUCCUCUCAAUUCUAUGUUUCUGAACUAAACCUGAGUUCCUUCGGUAGCAACUUUACCGUGCCUACUGCAACGAGCAAGGCAUCGCCAUGUGAGCAAGUGGUCAUCGCAGCUGAGGUGUUCCUAACUCUGGGCAUUGUAAGCCUGCUUGAAAACAUACUGGUUAUAUGUGCAAUAGUUAAGAACAAGAACUUGCACUCACCCAUGUAUUUUUUUGUUUGCAGUUUAGCAGUGGCUGACAUGCUGGUUAGUGUGUCUAAUGCUUGGGAGACCAUAACCAUAUACUUAAUAAACAAUAGACACGUCAUUAUGGAAGAUGCCUUUGUCCGUCAUAUAGACAAUGUCUUUGACUCCAUGAUCUGCAUAUCUGUGGUGGCUUCCAUGUGCAGCUUGCUGGCUAUAGCAGUAGACAGAUACAUCACUAUCUUCUAUGCCCUGCGCUAUCACAACAUCAUGACAGUGAAAAGAUCAGGGCUCAUUAUUGCAUGCAUCUGGACCUUUUGCACGGGCUGUGGCAUUAUCUUCAUUCUUUAUUAUGAAUCAACUUACGUGGUCAUUUGUCUCAUCACUAUGUUUUUUACCAUGUUGUUCCUCAUGGUCUCGCUGUACAUACAUAUGUUCCUCCUGGCUCGUACUCAUGUGAAGAAAAUCGCUGCUUUGCCUGGGUACAACUCUGUCCGUCAAAGAACCAGCAUGAAAGGAGCCAUCACUCUGACUAUGCUUCUUGGCAUCUUCAUUGUUUGCUGGGCUCCAUUCUUCCUUCAUCUCAUCCUGAUGAUCUCCUGCCCUCAAAACCUCUACUGUGUUUGCUUCAUGUCCCACUUCAACAUGUACCUCAUUCUCAUUAUGUGCAACUCGGUGAUUGACCCCUUGAUCUAUGCCUUUCGUAGCCAGGAAAUGAGGAAGACCUUCAAAGAAAUAAUUUGUUGCUAUAGCCUGAGAAUGCUCUGUGGGUUAUCAAACAAAUAUUAAGAUAAUAAAACCAAACCAGGGAAGAGACUGAAAAGGCAACAUCUUCCUGCACCCUGUAAUUCUGGUGAAAUACCUAUGGAACAUUUUCUCCAUUCAGCUGUCAUGAUUCCUGCAGCAAUCAGAAACCCUUUUUUAACAUGUGAUUUUACAUUUCUUCCCCUCCACACACCUCUCUCCUGCUGGUGGUUGGAGCUACUCAGUGCAUCUGUAUUAUGGGGAUAAAGGAUUUUUUGACUCUUAUUUACUCUAUUGAAGAUUGGAAUUUAUAAGAGGAUUAUACAGAGAAAACCUUAUUUUUAUUUCUGCUAAAUGAAAUGAGUGAGUUCUGCCAUCUGAAUGAACCCACCGGCCUCUCAGUGUGUGUUUCUAUUGGUGUUCUCUUUCUCUCUAGAUAUUAAAAAAAAAAAAAAUUAAAAUUUUUCUCGCUAGAUAAAAAAGCAUGGCUUAUUUUUAUGCCCAGAAUUAACAAGGAAGUUUUUUGCUAUUUCCUUCUGAACACAUAAAAUCAGAGAAGUAGCUCCAAUUAUCAAGCUCCACAUACCUUGGUCAGAAGUUAUGAUCAAUACAUAUGCACAAUUCAGCAGUCUUGUAUUCCAGUCAUUACUAUUACUGUCAUAAAAUUUAUAUUGUGUAAGAUGCCAAUGUUAUCAUGAGAUUAUCCAGGCUGGAUACAGCACUUUGUCAUAUCUGACUAUAUAUGUUCAAAUCACUGUGAAGCUAGAUGUACCACAGGUGGAUUUUAAGAUUGCAUAUGAAGACUGAGCUGGUUCUAGUUUGUCUGUUUUCUUUAUUUGCCAGGGCUAGGGAAGCAAAGAGAUCAUAGCCUGUAGAUAUUCAUGUAAUAUUUUGUGGAGAUGGAAAGAUUGAGUGAGUGGCUGCCUUUGUGUAGACCUUAGAGAAGCCUUUUGGAUGUGAAGAGCUUGUGUUACUGUAGAUUGUAUCUUUCAAGCUGGGAGAGACAAAACAAGUUUGAUAAUCAAAAGGCAUGGCAGGCAAAGGCAAAAAACAGAUUUCAAAACAUCAGGGACAUGUAGCUAUAACAGAGUCCUGACUUUUGUUCCCCAAACAAGAGUUUUCCUCUUAGUUGAGGGGAUUCUAAGCUGAAACCCUCAAGUAUUUUUGUGUGAGUAGUUUGCAUCUAGUCAUACUUCCAUAAGCCUGCUGUUCUGCAACAGCUGUGUAAUGUGCAAAAUACUGGGCUUACAAAAGAGGGAGGAAGUGCAACUCUGGAAUUUCUUGAUGACCAUGAAUCGUUCAUAUCUUGUACUGUGAUUUAAGUCAUAGAAAGAUUUCAAAUGGUGUUAAACUACUACCUAUAUAGCUGAAUAUAUCUUGAAAAAACAAACUCUUCCUUCUGAAAUCUGGAAGAAUCAUGCUUGUUAUAUUUGGUUUAUACAUGCUGUAAGACUCUUGUUUAUCAGUAGACCGUUUAUGAUUUAUUCCAUGAGUGCUAGGUUAUACUUCCAAGGUGAAAGUCCUGAUUGGGUUUUAGGAAUCUUUUUUAGCCAUAAGUGUGGUCAAAUAUGUGAACAGGUGCUCAAUGGUUGUGCAAAAUCCAUCUCAAAGAGAUUUAAAACUUGACAUGGCCCUGAAAAAUCUGCACUAAAUUGAAAGCUGACUCAAACUUUGAAGUUAGCCCUGCUCUGAACCAUUAGGAGCAGAUUACCUCCACAGGUGCCUUCCAACCCAAAUUAUUCAGUGAUUCUAUGACACAGUUUGCAUAUAAUGAUAAAAUUAUGUUUUCCCCUCCUAAUUUUAUCUCUUGUGUAAGAAAAAAUGGAAAGUAUUCCCCUCCACACACUUAGAACCUACUUUAUGUCUUCAUUUGCUUAGAAGGUUUCUUCUUUUGACAAGAGGAGUAAGGUCCACCUUUAGCACCAGAGUUAUACAUUUUGCCUGCUUAAAAUUUGCUAUUCCUCCAGCUCACAUAUAUCUCCCUCUGACAUGAGUGGGAAUGUUAUUCUCACUGGAGAUACUUUAUUAUGCUGACUGAUAUACUGAUUAUCAGUGCACUAGGGGCUAGAGUCUUCCUUCAGCUAUAUCUGAAAAUGGGAUUUCAGAGAAUGCUGGUGGUCAUUAGUGAGAAUUUUGCCUUGUUUCAGUCCAUCUCUUAAUCCUAUCCAUAAAUAUUCUCUAAAUGUUGGCUCUUGAAACUAUGAAUGUAAAUGACAAAAGGAGACAGUUCCACUGCUAAGUGAAAGGCACCAGCUGAUGUAAAUAAAUCAAUAAAUCUUCACUGGGUAUUGCAAAUAAAACAGUUUUGUACAUAACUGUAAAUGAACUAAGGGGAAAUCAAAACUGUAAUAGUUUUUGGUAUUUUCUUGAAUUGUAUAUUACUCUUUUUUGUUUUGUUUGAAAUCUGUUUGAUGUAUAAACACAGACAUAUGAAGAAACUAUUAAACUGGAUUGCUGGAACA